CCGUCUAAAAUGCAAUUGAGCUGCAUACCUAGACAGCAUGUGUGAGCACUACAGGUGCGUGCUAGGCAUCUCAUUAGGGGUUGAGAGACUUGAGCAUGAUAUGGACCAUUAUGGACACAUGGACCCUUGUUUUGGAGAGCAGCACAACAGCUGCACAAAAUCCUCCGCCAUGAUGGUGUGCUGCAUCCCGUAGCUGCACAGCCGACACGAACGAAAGAAUUAAAGCUUCAGUGAGACAAACAACUGACUUCAGGAGUUGGUAUGCUAUUGGAGUGCUCUAGGGAUGCCCAAGGAGAAAUAUGACCCGCUUGAUUCCAGGCGGAUGUACACUAUCAUGUCCUGUGAGGAGGCAAAUAGUGGGAAAAAAUCCAUUUGGGAUGGGCUUGAAAUAACUGGUAAUGUUCGGAGUCUCAGCUCGGGCCUUUGGUCACUCACACACCUCACUGCUUUACACCUCGGUGACAACUCCCUGUCACGUGUCCCACCUGAAAUUGCCAAGCUGCACAACCUUGUGUUCUUGGACCUGUCGUCUAAUAAAAUCAGGAGCCUGCCAGCAGAGCUUGGCAAUAUGGUGUCUCUCAGGGAACUGCUUUUAAAUAACAACCAGUUGCAGGCUCUGCCUUUUGAAUUGGGGAAACUCUUUCAGUUACAAAUACUGGGGUUGAAAGGCAAUCCACUCACUCAAGAGAUUAUGAGCCUCUACCAAGAGCCAGAUGGCACCCGGCGACUGCUGAACUAUCUUUUGGACAAUCUAGCUGGUGCUAUUAAGCGCAUCCCAACAGAGCAACCUCCAUCCAGAUCCUGGAUUGUGCUGCAGGAGCCUGAAAGGACGAGACCAACAGCCCUGUUUACUGUAAUGUGCUACAACGUGCUGUGUGAUAAGUACGCCACACGUCAGCUUUAUGGCUACUGCCCGUCCUGGGCCCUUAAUUGGAGCUACAGGAAAAAGUCCAUUAUGCAGGAGAUCCUCAGCUGCAAUGCAGAUAUUAUCAGCUUACAGGAAGUGGAGACGGAACAGUAUUAUAACUACUUCCUUGUGGAGCUAAGUAAACAGGGAUAUGAUGGAUUCUUCAGCCCAAAAUCCCGGGCCAGAACCAUGUCUGAAUCGGACAGGAAACAUGUAGAUGGAUGUGCAAUAUUCUACAAGACUGAGAAGUUCAGCAUGGUGCAGAAACACACAGUAGAGUUUAACCAGCUGGCUAUGGCCAAUUCAGAGGGCUCGGAGGCUAUGCUUAAUCGGGUCAUGACCAAGGACAACAUCGGGGUGGCCGCAUUGCUAGAGCUAAAGAAUGAGUUAAUGGAGACUGGUAAGUCCAUCCAUGCUAUGGAGAAACAGCUCCUACUAGUGGCUAAUGCUCACAUGCACUGGGACCCAGAAUACUCUGAUGUGAAGCUGGUGCAGACCAUGAUGUUCAUGUCAGAGGUGAAGAAUAUCAUAGACAAGGCCUCCCGCAGUCUAAAGCUCUCUUCUGUGUCUGGAGAAACCAACACCAUCCCUUUAGUGCUGUGUGCUGACCUCAACUCACUUCCUGACUCGGGUGUUGUGGAGUACCUGAGCACAGGCGGGGUUGACUGCAAACACAAAGACUUCAAGGAGCUGCGCUACACCGACAGUCUGACCAAGUUCAACUGCAAUGGCAAGAUCAGCACAUCUAGCGAAAGGAUCACGCAUGGUUUCAAGUUGAAGAGUGCCUAUGAGAAUGGGCUCAUGCCUUACACCAAUUACACUUUUGACUUCAAGGGUGUCAUUGAUUACAUCUUCUACUCGAGGCCAGAACUAAACUUGCUGGGUGUCCUCGGGCCUUUGGACACAAACUGGCUCUUGGAUAACAAUAUCAGUGGUUGCCCACACCCUCAUAUCCCCUCAGAUCACUUCUCCCUGUUUGCACAACUGGAGUUGGUCCUGCCUUAUCCUCCCCCUCUUAAUGGGAUCCACUUACCUGGACACAGGUAGUGAGCCCUCUCGGCCACUGGUGGCGCUGCAGAGUCCCAACUCGUAUGCUUUUUGAAAACGAUAAAACCUCUAAGCUAUUUCUUUUUAUAUAUAUAUAUGUAUAUAUAUGUGUGCGUGUGUGUGUUUGUGUAUACAUAUAUUUUUUUCUCUUGUACCUUUAUUCAUUUUUAGGGUCCAACAUGUUUCAAUUUUUCUGGGAGUUUUUUUUAUUUGUUAAGCUAUAUAUAUUUUUUUAUUUUUUUGAAUCAUAGGCUGAUAUAUUAUCAUCAUUUUUUUAAAUUGUUGAAUAUAGCUUGUGUGCAUGCAAUGUAUCAAUUGUAAGAUGCAGCUAAGUCUUGGUCGCACACUCAAAGGGAUGUUUUUUUAGUUUCUUUUACGAUCAGAUAUAAAUACUAUGACCAGCCAUUAGUGUAAUUCUGCAAAAUAAGCAUUAACCAACAUCUUCAUGAAUUCAGCCUCAAUGUAAACGCUUUUUUUUGUCGACAUUCCACUGAACUGAGACAUUGCUAACAGUUGAAUUUAAUUUCAGACACGCUUGCAUAAUUCUCCUUUGGAUGAGUGACCAAUGUUUUGUGCAGACCAAACUUAGUAAGUAAAAUUUGUCCCCAAUCGGGAAAGACAAUGGAACCACAAAAGCUUUUCCACUUGCGCGGUGCUGAAAUUUGCUGUACAUCGGUGCAUCUGAUGUUUUAAUCUUCCAUCAAUGGUGCAAUAUUCAGAACGCGCUAUACGUUCUAAGCAAGUGCACUGUUACGGAAUGUUUUUACACGCUUGUGUAAUGUAAAAAAAAGCACUUAUUUGUCUUUCUCUCUCCCUCAAAUGGGAGUUGGAAUGGUUUGAGCUUAAUAUGUAAACCAAAUUAUUUUAGAUGUGUCGAAUCAGCUGCACUGCUUUUUGCGCACUAUUGUUUUAACCAGUCAUAUGGGGGCAGGCUCUUUGUUUCUUUGUACGACAGGCUAUGUGAAUAAUAUAAACUGCGCUUGAUAUCACUGUGGUCAUAAACGGGAGGUUUUUAUUAGAAAGGAAGGUUUUAUAUAGGGAGUCUUUUAACCAGCGAUUUGUCACUAUAUUAGGUUGAAAAGGAUUUCCCAUUCCUUUUUAUCCUCUCAUUACACACAUCUUCGCAAGAUCUGUAGCACUGUUCUUGAGGCUAGUAAUGUUCCGACCUAGCCGUUACCACCCCCCAUAUUGUAUCAGAGGGGUUCUCCCAGGUCUUUGUACAAAAUGUAAUUGAAUAUAUUAACAGAAAAAUUUAGGCUUGACUUGAUUGUAUAUGAGCCACAUUCACACUUUUUUUUUUUAGUUUUAUUAAAUGUUUUUUUUGUACUAAGAAUAAAUUCUGAUCCAAAUUCAGAAAAUAAGAUUGUGUUGUAAGCUACAUUUUUAUAAACAAUAAUCAAAAACUUACCAGCUUGUAUAAAAGACAGAGGUUGUUCCUGGUUCUCACUGCCAUACUUUUGCGCUCAUUUUGCACUUUCUUUUUUUACUAUAGUUAUUUAUUUUCUUUUGUAACUUUCAGAGUACAUGCUUUUUUGUCUAUCCAAUCAUUCAUCUCAAACUAUUUUUUCAGUGUCUUGUUGCUGUAUAUGUAAAGGGAGGGGAGUCCUGAAGCUCCGUAACAUGCCAUCUGUCUAUGUGAAAUCGAGUCAGUAACACUUCUGCCUUUCCUUUAUAUAUAUAUUGCAAACAUGUUACUGUUUUGCACACUCUUCAGAGAGCAACUCCACCUGUCUUGGAAAAGAAAACUUUACUGUUGUUGUGGUGGACAUUUUGUCGUUUAUUUUUCGGAUUGCAUUAUGCUAUCAGUGCAUCUUCAUCUUCUUGAGGUCUCAAGAAAUCAUGUAUAGGACAUUUGUUUUUGCUUCAAGAAUGUUUUAGCACUUUGGCAUUUCUGAACUCAUGAUUAUUUUGUUUGCUACACAGAUUUUAAAGUCAAGAUAAAUGUACAUUUUCAUAUUUACAUCUGCCUAGACUCAUUUUUAAAUGGCCAUAAUUUUUCCUGUUUCGUGCCAGCUUCCUCUGAAGCCAAUUGUAAAAAGUUAGAUUAUCCUCUUAUGGUACUUCACGUGGCAUUUUUAAUUUUGAAACUAUCUUCCUAACCUAGUUCUGAACCUUUGGACCAAAUUAUCAUCUCUAAGAAUUGUGAAGGAUGUCUGGCAGUGGUCUGAUUGUGGUUAGAUCCUUAGCAUUUAAAGGAUUAGUUCACUUUUUAAAAAACUUUUGCUGAUGAUUUACUCACCCCCAUGUCAUCAAAGAUAUCC